UGUGAAAUUGGAAAGCAGUUUUCGUAAUAACUUCUGACACUCAAGUUUAAAAUGCGUUCCCUAAUUUUCGUUGCUCUUUUGGCCUUCCUGGCUGUUGGCUUUGUGGCUGCCCGUCCUGCUGAGGAUGUGCAGGCGACGGAGAGUACAGAUCAGGAUUUGACUGCCAAUGAUUCAUUGGUUGGUGGAGAAGAGAAGUCCGAGGGAUCCACAGACGAUGAAACUGAAAAAUCCGCUGGAGAAUCCACUGAUGAUACCGACAAUGAAGAGACCGAUGAUGAAGAGACCGAUGCUGAAGAGACCGAUGAUGCUGCCGCCACCACUGCUGCUCCAGUCAAGAAGGAAGUUCGUGUCUUCUGGCCCAGGUUCGGAGGUCAUGGACCAGUUGUGAUCAGGCGUCAUCCCGGCUUUGUCCAGGCCUAAGCCCUCUAAACUUUCUUUAUAAACCUGUUUUUCAUACUUCUCUCUCUUCUCUAAAUAAAUAAACUUCAUUUUCAAAACUUAAA